AUGUCGUUAUUAGAAAUGAAUGCUCAAGAAAUUAUUAACUAUAGAAGAGGAAACAAAGUACCAAUAAAUGGGAAAAACGUCUUAUUUAUACAAUUGGAAUUUUCUUUAAAGAUGAAAGUCAUUACACUUCCAACCAAUACAUCAUUAAAAGACCUUUGUCGUGAUCUUUGGAUUUCCUCAUCAUCCGAUCAAGAAAGAAAAUUCGAAGUUUUGGCAAAUAAAGUAAAUUAUAUUAAUAAAAAUUGCAAAAGGCGUCUAUGUAGACGACAACGUAAUAAUGAUUAUGAAUUUGACUUAAUCAAUGGAAUUAAUUUUCCUUAG